AUGUCGACAAAAGAUAAGGAGCUAGAACUUUGUGGAAAGGUGGAGAUGCGUAUAGCGUUAGCAAAAGAUGAUAGGUUGGAAUCCAUCCUCAAGCCUUACCUAGCCCCUCUACUAUUGAAACUUGCAAGUGAGCAUGUUUCUGUCCGAAAUAAGGUCAUCUCAAUAUGUCAACAUAUCAAAAUACGGCUCGCUGGCAAUCAGAAUAUUGUCCUUCCUGUUGCUAUUUUGCUCAAACAAUACAAAGAAAAUGCAGGAAACUCAACCAUACGGCAGUUUGAUCUGAUGUUCAUUCAGCAGAGUAUCAAGAAGCUGUCUUUUGAGGAGCAGCAGGAACUAAUCCCAAUUAUUAUUAAAGACCUUAGCAACGAAUAUGGGAGCCUUACUUGCUCUAUGAUGUUCAAUCUAUUUCUUCGACUACUCUCAAAUGCAUACAUCCCACUUCGAGGGAGUAAAGAUGAUACAGACCUCCGCAACAAACUUGGUCUUGCAAAGAAUGAUGUUGACGCCAAAUUUAUCGCUUUAUGGCUCGGAAAACUUAUUCUUUUGAACAUUUAUCCUUCGGGAGCAGCUGGAGUCAGCCAUUCUGGACUAACAACCUCCGAUUACGAGUUUUUAACAAUCAACUAUAAGCAGGGCGUGUGGGACGCAACCUCAAAUGAAGGCUUAAAUUUGACACAGACUAAAGUAAUUGCACUUCAAUUCUUAGCAAGUGGUGCGUUUUCUGAUAAAGAGCGAUUUUUCCCUGCAUUUUUUGCAUCUGGGGACGGUAAUUCAUCCAUUUCCAGCAUUGGAAUCGAUUUACUUAAGCGCUCGUCAGCUUCAAUGGAAGACCCCGAGAUAAUAUCAUACCUACUAGAUAUAUAUUUCUCCCUCAGGAAAGCGCUCCAGACAAGAGUCUUGAUAUUGCUGAAUAAAUCUAUUUUAUCUACAACUUUCCCUUUCAAGAUUGUCCAGAUAGUUCGAGACGCCAUACGACCAGAUAAUACUACCAAUACUCCGGUCAAGGGUCUUGAGACAAUGAAAUUUCGGAAUGCCCUACUUAGCUACUUGAACUGGAUGUCACAGGUUGCGUCGAAAGAGGAUCUAGCUUCCGCUGCACCACAACUUGUCGAACUUCUUCAAAGUUACAUCGAAGACCAGGGAUGGCCUGUACCUGUUGGUAAAACAUCUGACAUCUUAUCUCUUCGAGCCUUAGCAUACGAGACGCUUGGCUCUUUAGCUAAGACAACCCCAUCUCUUGUCCUCAAGAAGGAUCUAGGAAUUGUAAGAUGGCUUUACAAAUCUCUAACUGAGGAAAUUUCAUGCCUCGAAGUUAUCGUAAGUAUCGAAAGUGCGCUCUCUAUGAUACGGAGUGCAUUCAAAAUUCCACUCGACUCGACUUUGCGUGAUGAGCUGCGAGGCCUGCUGCUCAAAUAUAUGAUUCUACAAGAGGGCGGCGCUAUUGUUCGAUCUGCACUCUUUUCAACUGUACGUUGGGCAAAUUAUUGCUUAGAAUAUAAUGAUAUUGUUGGGCGCUGGAUCAACAUACUAGCUAUUGGGAGUUCUGAUAACGAACGUAGCGAUAUUGUUGAGGAAGGAAAAAAAGGCCUUGAUCCUUACCAAUAUCGGAUAUUAAAUCCAUCACAAAAUUCUUUGAAGGAUAAUUUCCCAGAUUGGAGAAAGUCUGUAAAGGUGUUUUUUUCAUCUGAGUGUAUUCUUGAGAAUUCAGUUACAGCUAACAGUCUUAAGACUGGUAUGUCUAUUGAUUCUGUAUCAGUUUUUGGUAACUUCUCCGGGCAGAGGAUCAAUGCUUUCGCUCCAGCUGUGACUUAUUGCGCACAAAUUCUUUUUUUGACAGCUCUAAGAAACUCUGCUAUUUCUCUCACCGUAAAUUCAGACUGGGAACGACAACUCUGCACUCUUUUUAAUUCUGAUAAACGAACAUUGGAAGCUAUUAGAACGUACGUGAGACUUGUAGAUCAAGAUGCACUGCAAACAAUGUUAACAGCUGCCUUUGAAGGUAUGCUUUGGAAUGAUGGUAACGGACUUCCAAACUGUGGCAAAUGUUUUCUUGAUAUUAUAAAAGUAUCACCAAAAACAGCCAUUGAAAAACUUUCUGGGCGAGCUUUCCAACUUCUUGCGUUAAUCAAGUCAAAUAAUAUCGCCACACGCUACAUAGGGGCACAGUCAUAUGGCAUCCUUAUUUCUCACCCAGGAAACGAGAAAGAAGUAGUUAUCGAGGCAUUGCAAUCACUGUUAACUGGAAUUUCACAGUGGGAGACAGCGUUUGGUGCAGAUGCAAAUAAGGUACAUGGUUACUUGCUCACACUAGGCUUCGUUCUAAGCAGACUAUCUUUCUUUGAUCGAAAAGAUGUACUUAGUGAUGCCCUAAUAAAAAGAUGCUGUCUAGCUUUAGUAGAAAUUCUACAAGCCGCUAAGGAUAGCUCUACAAAAGAAGCUGUGUCAAUUGCAGUAGGAGAAAUCAGUGCUGCGGGACAACUUUGCCCUUCACAGCUCGAAGAUAUGGGCUCCAAGGUAAUUAAGAUACUUGUUGCAGCAGCUAAGACUGGGGACGAGAAAUCUAUUUCAGCUUUAGGACGAUUCUCACUAGUAUUUGCAGAUAACAUGGCUGGAGAGUGUGGCAUUGAGGCUCCUCUCUUUUCCAUCCUUACUGGCCUCUAUGAACUCUCUGAUUUGAAACAAACUGAGAUACAAUUCACAGUAGGUGAAGCAAUCAGCUGCCUAACUGCAUGUUGGGAAUCUGACGUUCUUAUACUUGGUAUGGAUGUCGAUACAACAUACACCGGGCAUCCUAGGCGUAAAGAAUUACUAGACUCGGUUCUACAAAAGUUGAUUGGAGGCUGUAAAGCCACUAAACCUUCUCUUAAGAAGGCUUCAGGAAUAUGGCUUUUUUCUCUGAUCCAACAUUGUGGACACCUAGAAGAAAUUCAGAAUAGACUCAGGGAAUGUCAAGUGGCUUUUAUGAGGCUGCUUUCCGCCCGAGAUGAGGUAGUUCAAGAAACUGCCUCACGAGGCCUCAGCCUUGUUUAUGAACAAGGAGAUGCAUGUUUAAAGGAAAGCCUUGUAAAAGAUCUCAUUUCUUCAUUCACAGAGACUAGCACUCGUCUUAAGGUUGAUGACGAUACGGAAUUAUUUGAUCCUGGUGCAUUACCAACAGGUGAGGGAAAUUCGGUUACUUCCUAUAAAGAUAUUAUAUCAUUGGCAAAUGAAGUUGGAGACCAGACGCUUGUAUACAAGUUCAUGUCCUUGGCGUCAAAUGCAGCGACCUGGACAACACGAGCUGCCUUUGGCCGAUAUGGGUUAAGUAGCAUUCUCUCAGAUUCUGAGAUCGACUCUAAGCUGUGUUGUAAGCUCUACAGGUAUCGUUUCGAUCCUAACCCAAACGUCCGGCGUAGUAUGGAUGAUAUCUGGAAAGCAAUUAUCAAGGAUCCUAGUGCGACCAUAAAAUUGUAUUGCAAAGAUAUAAUUUCCGAUUUGUUGCAAAGUAUAUUAGGCAAGGAGUGGAGAACAAGACAAGCAAGCUGUGCGGCUCUUGCUAGUCUCAUACAAGGACGUGAAUUUGAAGAUUACGAUAAUUACCUACCUAAAAUAUGGCAUGUUGCAUUCAAGGUACUCGAUGAUAUUAAAGGGUCUGUAAGAGAAGCAGCCCAUGCGUUAAGUGUUGUAUUGACUAAUACUCUCGUACGACAAGUUGAAUCUGGUACUAUUUCCAAGCACUCACAGUCAAUCCUAAAGGAAGUUAUACCCUUUCUUUUAUCUGAAAAGGGAAUGGAGAGCUCUGCUCAAGACGUCAGAGUAUUUUCAAUAGUCACAAUUAUAAGACUCACCAAGAAAGGAGGGAAGACUAUCCUAACCUUUAUCCCAGAUUUGGUCGAAAAAUUGCUGCUUUUUCUUAGCUCCGUAGAACCACAGGAAGUCAAUUAUUUAUACCAAAGAGCAACAGAACACCGAGAUAAAAUAGAUCAAAUGAGGUCAAACAAUGUAUCGCAUUCACCGCUCAUGGAAGCGAUUGAUUGCUGUUUAGACGCCCUAGAUGAACCAACGAUGGCCAAUCUAGCAUCUCGCCUUCAACUUUGUAUCAAGACCAUGAUUGGAAUGCCCUCUAAGAUUGGAUGUGCAAGUGUGCUCAGUAACCUUGCGACUAGACAUUCUUACAUAUUUCGCUCUCACGCAGAUGUAUUUCUAAAAUGCAUGGAGAAGGCGGUGUUAGAUCCAAACAGUACGGUCAGUGUUGCUUAUGCUAAAUCUAUGGGAUAUAUAUCGCGACUAGUUAGUGACGAAGUGCUUUUGAAUUUGGCAUCCUACAUCCAAACCCUUUACUUAAGUGCUGAAGACGAGACCCAGCGUAUCAUAUCGGGAGAAAUUGUAUACGCAGUGGCUAAAUUUUCCACUGACAGAUUCAACUCUCUAGCUUCUAGCUUCCUACCGUUCGUAUUCUUUGCCUCUCAUGAUUUAGACUCUGAGAUCAGGGAGCACUUUAAAAAAACGUGGAAUGAGAGUAUUGGGGGCAGUCGUGCAGUAAUGUUGUACUCAAAAGAGAUAAUUCAACUUUCAACCAAAUUACUAGAUUCGCCCAUGUGGUCAACGAAACACGCUGCAGCUUUUACUGUCGCUCAUGUUAUUCAAUCAUCGGGCUCAGAAAUUACUGGCUUGGAUGCUGUAAUGAUAUGGGAUGCAUUGGAAAAAGCACUCGUACUGAAAACAUUCGAGGGCAAAGAAAAAAUACUUCAAGCAUUUGUUAAGUUUGUUAAGUCUGGAAGAUUAAUGUGGGAAAAGGAUGAAGCUAUUGCUGCACAGAUGAGGAAAAUCGUGCUCCGAGAGGCUCGGCGAAAUAAUGAGGUCUACCGACCGCAUGCCUUUGCUUGCCUUGGUGACUUCUGUGAGGUUCGACGCGAUAUUGAUAUGUAUGACGAGAUUUUUCAAAUAAUCACAUCUUUCAUUGCAGGCUUAGACUCGAACCCCAAGUCGCAAGAUUCUUCCAUUGAGAUAGAGAAAGAUCGCGGGUCAUUUUCCACGUCAGCCAACUUAGUAGCCGGUAUCUCAUCAGUUUUUCGAGCAAUUAAUUUUACACUGGCUGAGUCGCCAGUACAUCAAUACCUGCCACGUCUACUACAACUCGUACAAGAUGUAACACACUCGCUUCUUAUUACCGAGUCAGUAAGAUUUGCUAUUUUUGAGAGUACAAGAAACCUCUUUGACAUCCUACGACAGCAUGCUGGGACAGUCAACCAGAGUUCUGCACUUAUGGGACUCGGACUGGAGUUCUUUACCGUGCUUAAUCUUCCUCAAGAUUUAGGAAGUGAGGCAACUAGGCUCAAGAGGGCAGAGGCAGCUGAUAUGAUAGUACAGUCUUUAGUGGCUGGGGGACAAGGAAAUUUGAGUGAAAGCUGGACUGAGUGUAGAAUGAAGAUGAUAGAAACUUUAAAGCUGAGUCAGGCACAUGAGCGCUCUGCAGGGGUAACAGCAGUAUUUGAUCAGCUAAAGCGGCGAUUGGAGUCCAUCUAA